AUUUCAAAUGUAUGGUGUAUAUAAUUGAUAAAUAGUAAUUGAAAUAUUAUCUAGGAAAUAAAUAUAUAAUUGCUUCUUUAAAUAAACAAAAUGGAAAUGGACAUUUCACACAAUCAGUAUUUUACUAGUUAUGAAGAUUUAGAGAUACAUAGGCUUAUGCUGGAGGACAACCCUAGAACUGAGAGCUAUAAAAAGGCAAUUUUAGAAAACAAAUCGUAUUUUAAGGAUAAAGUGGUAAUGGAUGUUGGUUGUGGCACAGGUAUUCUCUCAAUAUUUUGUGCCCAAGCUGGUGCUAAAAAAGUAUAUGCAGUAGAGGCUAGCAAUAUGGCAAAUUUAGCGAAGGAAAUAGUCAAGGAAAACAAUUUUGAAGAAAUUAUAGAGGUUCUGCACGGUAAAGUAGAAGAUAUAAUUUUGCCAGGAGAUAUCAAGGUUGAUGCAAUAGUAUCAGAGUGGAUGGGCUUCUAUUUACUCCAUGAGGGAAUGCUAGAUUCAGUACUUGCAGCUAGAGAUAAGUUCCUUAAACCUGAUGGUGAAAUGUUUCCAGAAAGUGCUAUCAUCUAUGUAGCUCCAUGUAGUGUCCCUGAUUUAUACAACAAGUGGCAAGACUUUCAUGGUGUUUCACUAUCAAAAUUUUCCAAACACCUAAGAUCAAUUAAAAGUGAUAAACCUGAGAUAAUGCAAAUUAAAAAAGAAGACCUCCUUGGUACAGAGGUAGCUAUAGCAUGGAUUAAUUUAAGAGAAGAUACUCCUAAGGAUCUCGACUCUUAUAGCAUUCAGCAUGUUGUAGGUGCAAGUAAAAAUGGACAGUAUCAAGGCAUAUGUGUCUGGUUCGAGUGUAAUUUCCCUGAAUUAUCAAAGAAUAGUAGAAUUGUUUUAAAAACUGGACCAGAUAGUCCCGUGACACAUUGGAAACAAACAGUUAUACUUUUACCCGAAGAGCAGAAUGUAGAGGAACAGGAACCUAUUUCAUUUCAGCUGGAUAUGAAUAGAGAUCAAUUUAACUCCAGGCGAUACACACUUCAGCUAACAUUACAAGAUCCAGAGGAAGUUGAACAUCCAGUACCAUGCACAUGUCACAUGACAAAGUGUAUCCUUAUGAAGACUGUUAUGUUCCAACAUGCAGAACAUGCAAUAAGCCAAAACAAAGUAACAAACUCCAGUAUAUUAAAAGAUGAUAACAUUAAUGACGAUGAUGAUGAUGAUGAUGAUGACUGCAGUAACAAAUAAAAAAUGUUUUUUUCAAAUUUAUAAUUAAAGUUAAAA